ACAACUUUGUCCUCUCCCUUCACUAUAUAAACCACCAUUUCCAAAGCUCGUAGUCCUCACCCCACACUCUUCCCAUUACUCCACUCUCUCAACUUCCGAUCGAGUCAGGCUUCUGUUCUAUCGCCGGAAGUUCUGCUUACAACUGGUCGCUGUAUUACUCGUUGAGAGAAAAUAUGAGGGAAAUACUUCACAUUCAAGGUGGGCAAUGCGGCAAUCAGAUUGGAUCCAAGUUCUGGGAAGUCGUCUGCGACGAGCAUGGCAUAGACCCAACCGGUAGGUACACCGGGAAUUCCGAUCUUCAACUGGAGCGCGUCAAUGUGUACUACAACGAGGCCUCCUGUGGACGGUUCGUCCCUCGUGCGGUGCUCAUGGAUUUGGAGCCCGGUACCAUGGAUAGCGUGAGGACCAGUCCCUAUGGCCAGAUAUUCAGGCCCGAUAACUUUGUUUUCGGGCAAUCUGGUGCCGGGAACAACUGGGCGAAGGGGCAUUACACCGAAGGAGCGGAGCUCAUUGAUGCCGUUCUUGAUGUUGUACGAAAGGAGGCUGAGAACUGUGAUUGUCUUCAGGGUUUUCAAGUAUGCCACUCACUCGGAGGAGGAACCGGUUCUGGGAUGGGGACUCUGCUUAUUUCGAAGAUCAGGGAAGAGUACCCUGAUCGAAUGAUGCUUACUUUCUCUGUGUUCCCUUCACCAAAGGUAUCAGAUACAGUUGUGGAGCCAUACAAUGCCACUCUUUCUGUUCACCAGCUUGUUGAGAAUGCAGAUGAGUGCAUGGUGUUGGACAACGAGGCCUUGUACGAUAUUUGUUUCAGGACUCUGAAGCUAACCACUCCAAGCUUUGGUGAUCUGAACCAUCUGAUCUCUGCAACCAUGAGCGGUGUUACAUGCUGCCUAAGGUUCCCUGGCCAGCUUAACUCUGACCUCCGGAAACUUGCAGUGAACCUUAUUCCCUUCCCACGUCUGCACUUCUUUAUGGUUGGAUUUGCUCCUCUUACCUCACGUGGAUCUCAGCAGUACCGUGCUCUAACUGUCCCAGAACUCACCCAGCAAAUGUGGGAUGCGAAGAACAUGAUGUGUGCAGCGGACCCACGACAUGGUCGCUACCUCACAGCUUCAGCCAUGUUCAGGGGCAAGAUGAGUACUAAAGAAGUGGAUGAACAGAUGAUCAAUGUUCAGAAUAAGAAUUCUUCCUACUUUGUUGAGUGGAUCCCGAACAAUGUGAAAUCAAGUGUCUGUGACAUUCCACCAAGAGGCCUCUCUAUGGCAUCGACCUUUAUUGGCAACUCCACCUCUAUUCAGGAGAUGUUUAGGCGGGUGAGCGAGCAGUUCACAGCUAUGUUCAGGAGGAAGGCUUUCUUGCACUGGUACACUGGGGAAGGGAUGGAUGAAAUGGAGUUCACUGAGGCUGAAAGCAACAUGAACGACCUUGUAUCUGAAUACCAGCAGUACCAAGAUGCCACAGCUGAGGAGGAGCUGGAGUAUGAGGAUGAGGAGGAAGGUGUGCAGGAGACUUGAGAAAUUUAAAAGCUUUUUACUAUUGCAUUAAAGAUAUAUAUAUGGUGGCUAAAAAUCCAGUACUGAUUAUUCGUGAGAUGGUUUGAUUGGUCCAAUAUUAAUUAGUUAAUGGGAGAGGAGGUUGUGCAUGUUUGAUUUCUGGGUUUGCUUCUAUAUCCGUUUUUAUUAUGGAAUUUAGCAAUAUAUAUUCUAUAUUUGAAGUUAUUCCAUGCCUC